GGGGGCGUGCGCAGAGCGCGUGCGCAGAUGAAGAUGUUUACGUUUUGAAUUUGACGGUUGGGAGAGCGAGAAAAAACAGAAUGUCGGAGCCCGCCCCCCGCGCGGACCCCGCCGAGUUGGACUCCGAGGACCGCGCGCCCUACGACUCCGACGAGGAAGGCGGAGUUCGCAUAGACGACGACAUCUACAUCCCCCCGCCGCCGCGCAAGCUGACCGAGCACUCCCUCGCGGACCCCCGGCUGAUAAUCUCCAAGAUAAUCAACAGAAACUUCAAGAGCUACGCCGGCAGCGUCGAGAUAGGCCCCUUCAACGUCUGCUUCUCCUCGAUAGUGGGCCCCAACGGCAGUGGCAAGAGCAACGUCAUCGACUCGAUGCUCUUCGUCUUCGGCUACCGAGCGACGAAGAUCCGCUCGAAGAAGCUCUCCUCCCUGAUCCACUCGUCGAACGAGCACCCGAACUGCCCCAGCUGCAGCGUCUCAGUGCACUUUCACAAAGUCCUGGACAGGCCCACCGAGAGAUACGAGCAAGUCCCAGGAAGUGAGAUCGUCAUCUCCCGGACGGCCUUCAAGGACAGCUCCUCCUUCUACGAGUUGAACGGUCGAAAGGUCCAGUUCAAGGAGAUCGCGCGGCUGCUCCGUCACGAGGGAGUGGACCUGGACCACAACCGUUUCCUGAUCCUCCAGGGGGAGGUGGAGCAGAUCGCGCUGAUGAAGCCGAAGGGCCAGGGCGAGAACGACACAGGAAUGCUGGAGUUCCUCGAGGACAUAAUCGGCACCACCAGGUACAAAGAGCCCCUCGAAAAACUCGUGACAAAGGUCGAGAUAAUGUCGGAGCGAGUAGUGGAGAGGACGAACCGCCUGAGGAUGGCAGAGAAGGAGAGGGACACCCUGAAGGAGCCGAUGCAGGAGGCGGUGGUCUACUUGAAGAUCGAGAACACAAUCACAAAAUUGCAGCACAAGUUGUACUGCUGCAAAAAACUCGAGACCCUGGCUGUCAUCAAGGAGAGAGAGUCGUCCCACAAGGACCUGGAGAGCGACAUAAGGGAUUUAAAAACGGAGAUGGGGAGAAUCCACGAGGAGAAGAACGAGCUGUCGAAGGAGUGGAAGGAGAAGAGCAGAAAGUGGGAGUCGAUCCAGGCGCAGCACGACGCAGCAUCAGGGAGAUUCGAGGAGAUCAGAAAGAGGGACGAGGCCCUGCACGCGGAGCUCGUGGAGACGAACAAGAGGAGAAAGUCGAACAUGUCAGCUGUGAAGGGAGAGCAGAGCAGGCGAGAGGAGCUCUCGAAGAUCCCGGAGAAGAACUCGAGUGAGAUCGAGGAGUGCGAGAAGCUGAUCAGACGACAGCUCUCGAAGAAGGAGAAGGAGGAGGAGGAGCUGCGAGUGGUGAUGGGCUCGCUGAAGGAGAAGACCGAGCCCCUGAUGAAGAGGCGCGCAGACCUUGAGAAGAGGCUCAUCGACUACAGGAGAAACGUCAACGAGGCGAAGGCGAGGUUCGACCUGGCGGAGUCAGAGCUCCAGAUUUACACGUCAGUGGAGAAAACCGAGAGGGAAAAGCUGGAGAAGCUGAGGGAGACCCUCCAGAGGGCGGGGGAGACCCUGCGCGAGAGGAAGGAGCAGCUGGAGGUCUUCAAAAAGAAGAUCCCGAAGACUGAGAGGAGCCUGCAGGACGCGAGGGCUGAGCUGGCUGAGACCAGGGCCCAGGAGCUCGAGGCUCAGGGGAAGCUCAAGGGGAUGCGACUGCAGUUCGAGGAGCAGAGGUCCGCCAUGAACGCCUCCAAGUCUCGGAGUGCAGUCCUGGACUUCCUCAUGCAGGAGAAGCGCGAGGGCCGGCUCCCCGGGGUCGUCGGGAGGCUGGGAGACCUGGGGGCAGUGGACGCCAAAUACGACAUUGCUGUCUCCACAGCCUGCGGAGCCCUGGACCACGUCGUCGUGGACACCGUCGACACCGCCCAGAGGUGCAUAGAGUCCCUGCGCAGGGGGAACGUGGGCCGAGCCAAUUUCAUUCCCCUUGAGAAGCAGCAGCACCUGGUGGAGGUCUACCAGCAGCGGCUGGAGACACCCGAGAACGUCGUCAGGCUGUUCGACGUCGUCAAGGUCGAGGACGAGAGGAUCCUCCCGGCGUUCUACUUCGCCCUGAGGAACACCCUGCUCGCUGGGGACCUGGAGCAGGGCUCGAGGAUUGCGUAUGGGGCGCAGCGCUGGAGAGUCGUCACCAUCCAGGGACAGCUGAUCGAGACCUCGGGGACGAUGAGCGGUGGGGGGAGGCCCUCCAAGGGGAGGAUUGGCCAGAGGGUUGUGAGGAACGAGCCCUCGACUGCGGACGUCGAGAGUCUGCAGGGGGAACUCGACAGGAUCUUCGAGGAGUGCAACAGGCUGAGGAUGAAGCAGCCACCGCUGGAGGAGCAGAUCAGGGCGCUGACGCCAGCCCUCGAGGAGAUGACGCUCAAUCGGCAUAAAUUUGAGAUUGAAGUGCAGACGAUACAGGAGCAGGCGCCCUCGCUUAAGCAGCAGCUCAAGGCGCAGGAGAAGAGGGUUGUGGAGGCCAAGUCGAGUCCUGAGAGGGUGCGCGAGCUGGCGGAGGCCGUCGAGAGGGCUCGAGGGGGCCUGGAGGAGAGCCAGAGGGACUCGCAGUCCACCGAGCAAGCUGUUAAGAGCAUCAACGAGGAGAUCGAGGAGCUGGCUGGGGGCAGGGUCAAGGAACAGCAGAAGAAGAUCUCGGAUUUGGCGAAGGCCAUCGACAAGGCCAGGAAGGAGAUCUGCAGGCUGCAGGUGGGGAUCAAGAGCUCGGAGAGAGACGCACAGAAGACGAGCCAGCGGAUUGAGCAGCUGGAGGCCGACAUCGAGGUGUGCCAGGACAGGCUGAGGGAGAUCCAGGGGGAGAUACAGGGCUGCGAGGAGGAGGCCAAGGGCGUCAUCGAGGAGAUGAAGGUUCACGAGAAGGCUCUGGAGGAGCGCGACGUCGCUGGGGCCUCUCUCAAGGAGAAAAUCCACAAGCUGCAGGAGCGGGAGAACAACAUGAAGGCCACCAAGAUCGAUUUGGAUGAGAAAUUCAAGGCGAGCUCGAGCGCAAUUGCUGAGCUCUCCCAGAGGGUCAGCAAGUACGAGCGGGGGAUCAGGGGCCUCAAGCUCACUGAUAUACCGGACGAGCCCAGGGAGGAGCUCCCUGACUUCACAGACCAAGAGAUCGCCAGCUUCGACACCAGAACUGUCGCCAAUAAUCUCGCUGCUGCGCAGGAGAGGCUCCCCCAGGAGAUCCCCAACAUGCAGACCAUCAAGGAUUAUCUUGAGAAGGACAGGGUGUUCAUGCAGAGGUCUGCGCAGGUGCAGGAGGCCACUGACGCCAGGAAUAGAAUGAGAUGUGCCUACGACGAGGCCAGGAGGAGGCGGGCGGAGGAGUUCCACGCUGGCUUCAACGUCAUCACGACGAAGCUGAAGGAGAUGUACCAGAUGAUCACUCUGGGGGGCGCUGCCGAGCUCGAGCUCGUCGACUCGCUGGAUCCCUUCACCGAGGGCAUCACCUUCAGUGUCAGACCGCCCAAGAAGUCCUGGAAGAACAUCAGCAAUUUGAGCGGAGGGGAGAAGACUCUCAGCUCUCUGGCCCUCGUUUUUGCUCUUCAUCAUUACAAACCUACUCCUCUUUAUUUCAUGGACGAGAUCGACGCCGCACUGGACUUCAAGAAUGUCUCCAUCGUCGGGCGGUACAUCAAGGACAGAACGAAGAAUGCGCAGUUUAUUGUCGUCAGUCUCAGGUCCGAGAUGUUUGAACUCGCUGAUGCGCUGAUUGGGAUUUACAAGACUUUCAAUGCUACCAAGAGUGUUCCGGUGGACGUGAAGAGGGUUUACGCCGGCCAUCCGGAGAUUGGGGAGAGGGAGAGGGCCAAGGCUGCCGAGAGACCCCUGGGGAGGGCCUCGCUCAGUCAGGCUGUGGGCGCCGGCGAACGAAGGUCGGUGAGGAUGCCUCUGACUUGUCCUCCUGUUAUGGAAAAUCCUGAGGGGGACACCGAGAACCAGGAACCUGCGGAGGAGCUCUUGGAUGAGUCACUGUCUCCACUGCCAGACCCUCCAGCUCCUCGUCUGGACAGGAGGUCCCUUGGAGGUGAUACUCCCGUCACUUCCAGACGAUCUCUCAGGGAAACUAAUUCGCAAAUUUAGGUUUCAGGGGUUUUUGGGGGGAGUUCGAAGGUCAGUGAUCUCAAGUAUUCGAGAAUUUAAUAGGUAGAUGAUUGAAAAUAAUAUCGUUAAUUAAGGUUUUAUUGGUAGGAAGGGGAGGAGGAAAGUUCAGAUGUGACGUGCCUCAAAUCGAAAUAAAAUCAUUAGAAAUUAAGUAAUCAUUGAGGUGUUCUUUCAAAUUACUUGUUUUUCUGACUAAUGGAAGAUUGAUUAUAUUACUGGUACUUGUGAAAAUAAAGAAAUGUAUUAAUGGAAUAAAAUAUUUGU